AUGACAUCGGUAGACCAGCCUUUGCGAACAAAUUUGGUUUAUAUGGAAAGUGCUUGUGAUCUAUGGAACAAUUUGGAGCAGCGGUUCGCCGUAGGCGAUGUGAUGCGGACACAUGAGUCGAAGGAGCUGAUCCGGAAUUGCUGGCAGAAUGGACAAACCAUCACCACCUACUUUGGGCGAUUGAAGGCCUACUAGGACGACUAUGAUGAAUUUCGAAAUAUUCCCUAAUGUACGUGCGGUUCUUGUACGUGCAAUCUCAAAAAAUUGUUUCUCAAGCAUGUGGAGACGAAGAAGAUCCAUGAUUUUUUGAUGGGCCUUGAUCACGAGGUUUACGGGAAUUUACGUUCAAAUAUUCUUAGUUUGGAUGAACUUCCCUCAUUGACCAAGGUGUAUCACAUGGUGAUACAAGAAGAAAGGCAUCACAACUUGACGAAGGGAAAGGAGCAAAAAACCGAAGCAGUAGCCUUUAUUGCACGCACUGGACCUAUCGGUGGGCCAAGGGAGGAACGGCCGAAAUGUUCUUUCUAUCACAAAACAGGGCAUGAAGUGGAAAACUGCUUCCGCCGCACCGGGAACUACCCGGACUGGUGGUAUGAAAAUCCGGGAAGAGGACGUGGUGGACGAGGCGUGGAGGACUUGGACGUAGAGGAUCUGGACGCACCAAUGGACGCGAAACCGUGCAUGCCUUGCACGUAGGUGACUACCGGGAUGAUGGCGAUGUUAUGCGUGAAACAAAGGAGGCACCCAUGCAUAAACCGGAAUUCACCGAUGAGCAAUGGAAGUCUCUUUUGAAAUUCAUGGAAAAGUGUAAGAUCACUUCCUCGGAGGAGAAGCUCACAGGACCUACCUACGAGGACGCCGAUUGGAGUGGGUGAGCGACGAGGGGGAGUUUAUUAUUUCCGGAGUCUCGAUCGGGCAAAAGCAUACGCGGUGGAGAAAUCCAACUCAAGUGAUUUGUGGCAUUCUCAGUUGGGGUAUUCGUCAGUGAAAGUUUUACGGUUGCUUGGUUAUUUAAAUAAAAGUUUGUUACAUACGGUCCAGAAUAAUGCAUGUGAUGCCUGUUUGCGAGUGAAACAAACACAUGAUGUUUUUACUAUUAAUAAUGCUCGUGCCAUUGAACCUUUUGAAUUGAUUCAUUGUGAUAUUUGGGGCCCAUAUCGUACAUUAUCUACUUGUGGUGCACAUUAUUUUUUGACUAUGGUAGAUGAUUUUUCUAGAGCUGUUUGGGUUCAUCUGAUGCGUGAUAAAAGUGAGGUGAAAAAUAUUCUAAAACAGUUUAUUGCCAUGACUAGUCGUCAAUUUAACAAAAUUGUGAAAGUGGUGCGAAGUGACAAUGGCAAGGAAUUUACUAGUCUUCGCGAAUAUUUUUUGACACAAGUCAUAAUUUUCCAAACCUCAUGCGUUUACACACCUCAAAAAAAUGGUAGAGUCGAGAGGAAACAUAGGAAUAUUUUGGACGUUGCUAGGACUCUAAGGUUUCAUGCCAAUUUACCAAUAAAGUUUUGGAGUAAAUGCAUUUUGACAGCUGGGUACUUGAUCAACCGAUUGCCUUCUCCGGUUAUAGACAACAAAAGCCCAUAUGAAUUGCUCUAUAACAAACCGCCCCUCUAUGAUCAACUUAGGGUCUUUGGUUGUCUAUGUUAUGCUCAUGAGGUCAAUGUUUCACGUGACAAAUUUGGACCUCGGGGUGUGAAAUGUGUUUUUUUGGGUUACGCAUAUUCUCAAAAGGGUUGGAAGGUUUUUGAUCUUCAACAUGGACGUCACUUUAUUUCCUGGGGCAUCAAAUUCAUUGAACACUGCUUUCCUUUCAUAUAGGAGGCAACAGGCUUUGACGAUCGAGUAGAUGGUAUGCAUGCAUACGAGGGAGACGUACGACGACAUGAAUUUGAUGAUGAGAUUCCACUGGGUAACGUAGCCCAUAAUAACGACGUGCAUGGGAUUGAUAGUGACGAGCAACAGGCAGGUCUACAAGCCUCUUCUGGAAACCACGCGCAUGACACUGAGCAGUCAACUGUCCAACAUUCGGUCAACACAUUUGGAAACGAUACUUCAGCUCCUGUUGACACUAUUCGACGGGGGGCUCGCUCACGACAAACUCCGGCAUGGCAUAAGGACUAUGAUGUGCAGAUGAACACGGUUAUAAUAAACCCACCCCGCCAGUAUCCCUACUUCUUCGGCCGACUCAGCAGCUAUUUCUACGACUAAAGAGCCCGCUAGCUUCGGGGAGGCAGUUCAUGAUCCGAGAUGAAGGGAUGCUAUGACUCAAGAAAUUCAAGCAUUGGAGCGAACGAGGACGUGGCAAAUUCAAGACUUGGCACCUGGCAAGAAGGCGAUUUAUUGCAAAUGAGUAUAUAAGAUCAAAUAUAAAAAUGAUGGCUCGGUGGAACGAUACAAGGCACGUUUUGUAGUUUCUGGCAACAAACAAGUCCAAGGGAUUGAUUUAGUGAGACCUUUGCUCCGGUUGCGAAAAUGGUGACGAUUCGUACUAUUUUGGUUGUUGCUGCUUCUCGUCAUUGGGAGUUGCACCAAAUGGAUGUGGAUAACGCCUUUUUGCAUGGAGACCUUCAUGAAGAUGUGCACAUGCAUUUGCUGCACGGUUAUUCUACAACCUCAUCCGGGAAGGUAUGUAAAUUGCUCCGGUCGCUCUAUGGUCUUCGCCAGGCCCCGCGGUGUUGGUUUUCUAAGCUUACCACUUCCUUACGGGCAUAUGGAUUUUUAAUCACAUGCGGACUAUUCCUUAUUCACCAUGCGUAGGGAUAAUCGAAUAUUAUGCAUCCUUAUUUAUGUUGACGAUUUAUUGAUAACCAAGAAUGACCGGGACAUGAUUACUCAAUUCAAGAAAUUUCUGGCAGCCACCUUCCCGGUCAAGGACCAGGGUGUAAUGAAAUAUUUUUUGGGAAUUGAGAUGGCACACAAUCCUACAGGUAUUUUCUUGUGCCAACGAAAAUAUGUACUUGACAUUUUGACAGAAACCGGGCUAUUGGGAUCCAAACCGGCGGUGUUUCCUAUGGUACAAAAUCAUCGACUUCAGUCUGUUUCUGGCCCCGGUUUCCAUGAUCCCGAAAGAUAUAGAUGGCUUGUCGGGAAAUUGAUUUACUUGACCCUGACCAGACCGGAUAUAUGUUACUCCGUUCACAUACUAUCUCAGUUCAUGCAAAAUCCCAAGGUGGCACAUUGAGAGGCUGUACUUCGUGUGUUACGGUAUCUCAAAGGAUGUCCGGGACAGGGUAUUUUGUUAUGCUCCGAUUCACCACUCUCUCUCGUUGGGUACUGUGACGCCGACUGGGCAACUUGCGCCAUCACACGCCGAUCGGUCACAUAUUAUUUUGUCACUUUGGGAUCAUCUCCCAUUUCAUGGCGCACCAAGAAGCAAGUUACUGUUCACGCUCCUCCGCCGAAGCUGAAUAUCGGGCUAUGACAUCGUUGACCUGGGAACUCAUUUGGUUGCGCAAUCUUCUUCGAUCAUUGGGAGUCUCCCAUGGUAAACCAAUCACUAUAUACUGCGAUAAUCAAGCCGCUAUACACAUUGCUUCUAAUCCCGUUUAUCAUGAACGCACAAAACACAUCGAGCUUGAUUGUCACUUUAUUCGGGAUCACAUUCAGGCCGGUACGAUCAUUCCAUCUUAUACCGCUACAACCGAACAGCCUGUCGACUUAUUUACUAAAGCCCUUGGAGCUUAUCAAUUUUCCUACUUACUUGGCAAGAUGGACAUUUGGAAUCCCCAUGCUCCAUCUUGACGAGGGGUGUUGGAAUUAUUAUUAUGUACAAAUAUUUUUUGUCACAUUUUUUGUAGUACGUAGCUUGUGUCUUAGAUAGAAGGUGUAGAUCUUUAUUUUCUUUCCCCUUUUGCUCCAUGAUUCUCGCCGUUACCAUGCAACGUACGGGAGACGUUUUGUAUAGUAGCAUGUAUAUAUGACCAUGCAUGGGUCAUUCCAAUGAUGCAGGUGAAUGCAUAAAAUUUCCUUCCUUGUUCGACACAACUUUACAUUUGCUGAGAUUUUCGGUGGCAUUAUGAUUGCAGCACACACUCUAAAAAAGAUAUACUUAGAAGAUGCUAAUGUUCUGUGUUAUCCAUUUUUAAUUUGAAUGUCUCUUUAUCUAACAUCCUUGAUACGUAGUAGAAAAUAGAGGGAUGGAUGACUGACCUAGC